CGGAGGCAUCUCCCCGAUUCGACGAAAUUAAAGCCCAGCGAUGGCGUGAGUAAAAAAUAUACCUCACCAGGAUCGGCUCCGCAGGGGAGGGAGCUCCCUCCCGACCACAAAAAAAAUCGCCAUGAGGUGGUUCAGCGGCAACAUGCUGCAGGCCAUCGCCGAGGCCCACAGCCGACGCGUCCUCCUCUUGGUGUUCAUCGAGGGAGACGACCUGGCAUCGCAGAAUAUGCGCUCCACCUUCGACGACGCCGAGGUGAACAAGCUGAUCGACGUCAUGGGCUGCGUCCCCAUCCGGCUACGCGCAAACAGCAACGCCUGCCGCCAGUUCACGCUCGUCUACCCGGUGACCGCUAUCCCGUCGACCUUCUUCAUCAGCUCUCGCGGCAACCUCGAGGCGUCCAUCGUGGGUUUCACCGACCCGGUCUUGUUCGGCGACCGACUCGCGGCGCUCAUGGCGUCGUGCAACCUCAAGAAGGUCGACUCCGAGAUGCGAAACGCGAGCGAGGCGAGCCUGUCCGUCGACCGCAUGAUGCGCCUGAACCGCCAGUCGUCCACCGCUCGACUCCCCACCUCGGCGGAAGGCGGCCCCGGACCGCUUUCUCAGCAACCGCCGCCGACCGAAGGUGCCAUCAAGAAACGCAGCAAGGGCGGAGAGCGACGCUCCAAGAAGAGGCUCAGGAGACAGGAGGCCAACGUGCAGACCAGCAUCGUUGUGCUCGCCGAGCAGGCAACGCAGAUCAACAUGGACGACAAGCGGUCGUACAAUAGCCUGCUCCAGAAACUAGCCGCCAUGGAAGAGACGACGUCGGUGCCGACCGCCACCGUCGCGACGGCGAAGGUACACGGCGAGCUGGCCGGAGACUUGGCGUCGCUCAUGGGAGACGGCAAGGAAAAGAGAGACCUGGGUGUCCCGCAAGAAAGUGAGGGUGCACUCGCCGGAGGAGCUGACGUCGACCAGAAAGGCAAGCCCCUCACCGGUAACAAAAGCGAGCACGCUGUUGACAACGGUGCGAACGACCAGGCGCUACCGGGAUCGCACAAGACCAAGGGCGACGACGAGAUCAACGCGAGCAUGCGGCCCCCGCCUCCUCCUCCUCCACCACCACCGCCUCCGGCCGCAGAAGCCGUCCGCGCGAACAAAGACCAGGGCCCCGUCAACGAUGUCCCGCCGGUAGCGUUAGACGACGCCGAUUCGAUAUUGUGCGACGUGAUCGCGGACGGCCCCGGGCUGUUAAUAAAAUUCGCCGUGCUCGCGCAGGAGUUUGCGGACAAAGUCCUGGGCAGCUCGCAGCACGAGCACACCGACGGCAAGUCCCUGGAAGCCUCUGCCGCGGAGACGCCCAAGGCGGACGUGCGCAGACCCGCCAAGUCCUCUCACAGGCCGAAGGCCAAGCAGGAAGCCGCCAAAUCCGAGACGUCGCCUCCGGCCAAGACAGUCGAGAUUCACGCCAUGAAGGACAGGCAGAGGCAACCGGCAGACUCGUUCAAGAGGGCGUGCCAGUUAGAGAGCCUGCAGGCUAACGUUGGCGACGCUCCCGAAGCCAUUGCGACGUUACAAGAGGAGGAGGCGCUGGAACAGGUUGGAGACAAGGACAAUUCGGCGGAUAAGCGAACACGUUCUUCGGGCACGCGUUCCCAUAAGCAGCAGCGUAAUUCAGACGCGUCAUUGCAGUCGCCGCAGCAGCAAGCCAAACACGGCUCCGAGAAACGGAAGAAGCAUCGCGAUUCCACGGCGAAGGACCACACGGGCGACUCGAAGAAAACGACGGCGUCCCCGAAGAAAGUGACCGCGAAGGCUGCUGUGGCACCCGGGUCAUCCACUCAAGAGCCAGACAACAACCUCGGCCAACUCGCCCUAAAGAUUAAGCAUUUCGAAUCCGUCGCUGGCGGCGCCUCACAGGACCCGAAGGUCCUGUCCGAGAAGAAAGCGAAGAGGCCCAAGAGCGCUUCGCCGUCCAAGCCGCCGCCGCCGCCAGCGAAUGACACGCGGGCAAGGUCUCCCGAAAACAACGGGUCGCCGAUAACGCAGAUGUCGUCCGCGCCGCCGCCGCUGCCGACGGUAUCCCUCGAACAAGAAGUGUGCGUCAUGCGCAUGCGACCGGGAAUCGACACCAUCACCGAGGAAGAGACCGGAGCCAUCGAGUCGUGUCUUACGACUCCGCAGCCCACACCGCCGCCGCCGCCGCCUCUUCCUCCGACUCCCGAAGUACCUACUCAACCGGACGUCCAGAAAGUCCCGGAGGAGAUGUCCCACAAGUCAUCCGUGAAGGAGCCCGCGUGCGAAACGAUGCCUGCGCCCCUUUCGGGGUCGCAGCCGCCUUCGAAGCAGACGACUCAAGCCACAACGGCUCAGAAUCGCAAGUCUCACCAGUCGCGGAAGAGCGCCCGGAGGCCCUCCAGUCCCAACAGGAGCAAGGAGUUCCUCACGGCCAGCAACUCUCAGCUGGAAGACCCGAUCGUCUUCGGUCCCACGCACCGCACGAGCGAUGACAGCGCCGCCGCGGCGUCGAAGAGGGCGCCGCUGUCGCAUUCGCGACCGAGAGGAGACCGGAGGGUGGCGACGGCGGCCAGAAGCCCACCGUACGAGCGACUCGUGGACAGCGACGGCGACGACGAGACCGUAGACGACGAGUUGAUGGCUCGCAGGACUCCCUCGUCGUUCAGGGUCGAGGCCGACUGGAUGGACGAGAUGGCUCGCACGGCGUCUAGGCGUACCCUUCUUUACCGGGCGGGCGCCCUCGAGGAGUCGCUGAACAACCUGUUCCGCACGCUCAACGACAUGGAAGGCCCCACCAUUUCUCUCAGUGUCGGUGGUCAGUCGCGCACCAGCGUCACCAAGGUUGGUUCCAGUGAGGUCCCUUAG